GUGGGGACGCGCCUGGCCGAGCGGGCAGAGAGAGGCGGAGAGAGAGAGAGGCUGGCCGGCCGCGCGGCGCUGGAGACGGUGCCUCGAUCCCCUCCCGCCGACCUGUUUCCCUCGAGCAUCUUACCAAAGAAGGGUCUCCCCCAGUGUCUCUCUCCGUCCCGCGCCGCCGCCCGCCCAGCCCCGCGCGGAACUUGCUGGCAGCAGCAGCGCUCCCUGGGCGCGCGCCCCGCCGCCCCGCAGAUGGAGGCGGCCGAGGACUCCGUCGCUCCUCCCGCUGCCGCAGCGGCGAGUCGCCUUUCUCGCGGCGACGGAAGCGCAGGAGCCGCAUUAGGCGACUGAGCCGAAGCCCAGCGAAGCAGCCGAGCUGGCGGCGGCGGCGGCGGCGGAGCGCUUGGCCUCGAGAGCCGCCUUGGCGCAGGAGUCCUCCCCGCCCGCCCGCUUCGCUCUUCUCCCGAGGCCGAAGGAGACGCGCUGAGGGCGCCUCGGCGUCGGGCUCGCUCCGAAAACCGCGGCCGGCGGGAUGGCCGCGCUCGGCCAGGCGUCCGCAAAGCGCGGCGAGCGCCGCAGGGUUCCUCCAGGAUCUGUGCUAGCAUCCCCUUCUUCUCUGGAAGCCUGAGGUGCUGUUCUUGGUACCCAGAGCCUGGAUCUCUCUCCCUCUCCCUCUCUCCCCCCUUCAUUUUCUACCUACCCCCCCCCACUGGCUUACCUGGAUGCCAGCUUACCACAGACCCACGCCUCCCUGGCCUCUGCUUCAGCACAUCCUCUCCAGCGACAUUGGAUAGACUUCAGCUGGCAGGAGGAUCGAGGGAUUUUUCUUCAGGCUGGGACACAAGUUGUGGCUCUCCUUGACUGGCAGAGAUCUACCGGUAACUCUCAGGAACAAUAUUAGCUGGAUUCACACGCAGAGACAGGGGAGGCUAAUCUGGCACAACUUGCGAUCCUAAUUUUGGUUGGCUGCAGCUGACCCUGAUUUGGAAGAUCUCCCCUUGCAUGGCAGCACUAGGGAAACCACAGCGGUAAGGCAGGUCAGGAUCCUGAGCGGAGUGUCCAAGAAGCCACUUUCCCUCCUUCUGCGAGAAUCCUCUGUAGCCUCUUCUCCUCCAGGCUGUCACAAAGCCCUGAGACCCAUCUCUCCUUUUCUACUUUCACCUCUUGAGAGGCUGGGCACCAUACCAUUCCUUUCCUUUCUCCCCCCUCCAAAAAAAGAGACUGAAGGAUGAUUUCCACACAUGGAGGCACCCCUCAUUGUACCCUCCUCUUGCUUUGCUAGCCCAGGCUGUUUGGAUUGCGAUGGAUGGGUAACAUGAUGUAGCGAUUCCUUCAGGGCAAAGGCACCUGGGACUUUGGAUCCUGAGUUUGGAACAAUCUGCCAAUUGGACAAAACCUUUCCCUGCAGACUCCCUUUUUCAGGUCCUGGAAGUGGCAAGCUUCAUUGCAAGUGGGGAAAAUCCAGGCGGCGCUCUGAGAUUUUGGCAGGGUUGGCUUGGGCAGUCUUGACCGUGAAGAUUCUCAUCUUCCAGACCGUGGCUUGUAGCCACAUGGAAGACCUGGGAAAGUCCACGUCGUGGCUGCGGGCUGAGCUGGCCUCCCCGUCUCCGUGCCUCCACAUCCUGGACUGCCGCAGCCGGGAGCUGUACGACUCGUCCCACGUGGAGCGGGCUCUGAGCGUGGCCCUCCCGGGGCUGCUGCUACGUCGUCUCCGGAAGGGGAAUCUUUCAGUCGGGUCCUUGCUGCCGGGGCCUCCCCAGGCCCUCAGGGAUAGCACGGUGCUCCUCUAUGACGAGGGACGCUCCAGCUGCCCUGCACCAGGGAGCCAGGAGGAGGACGAAGGGUCAGUGCUGGUGACGCUUCUGCAGAAGCUGCGGGAUGAAGGUUGCCCCGCCUACUACCUGCAAGGAGGCUUCCAUAAAUUUCAGGCUGAAUGGCCGCACCUCUGUGAGACCAACCUGGACACAGCCAGUGCCAGUAGCUCACCUGUGCCCCCGGCAGCUCCUGUGGUGGGACUGGGCGGCCUGAGCCUCAGCUCCGACUGCUCCGAUGCAGAGUCGGGGCCCCUCAGCAGCGGGAUGGAGUCGGAAGGGGCGAGCCCCCCCUCCUUCCCCGUGCAGAUUCUACCCAACCUCUACCUGGGCAGCGCCCGUGACUCUGCCAACAUGGACACCCUGGCCAAGCUGGGCAUCCGCUACAUCCUCAACGUCACCCCCAACCUGCCCAACCUCUUUGAGAAGAACGGCGACUUCCAUUACAAGCAGAUCCCUAUCUCGGACCACUGGAGCCAGAACCUCUCUCAGUUCUUCCCUGAGGCCAUUGAGUUCAUUGAUGAGGCCCUGUCCCGGAACUGCGGCAUUCUGGUGCACUGCUUGGCGGGAAUCAGCCGCUCGGUGACGGUCACUGUAGCCUACCUCAUGCAGAAGCUCAACCUGUCCCUCAACGAUGCCUACGAUCUGGUGAAGCGGAAGAAGUCCAACAUCUCGCCCAACUUCAACUUCAUGGGUCAGCUGCUGGACUUUGAGAAGUCGCUGGGGCUCAGCAGGGCCAGCCGGCGCCCCCCCUCUGGCCAGAGCUGCUUCUUCACCUCGCCAACUGACGACAGCGUCUUUGAGCUGGAUCCCACGUAGGGCCAAAACAGGGCGGUGGCCUCUCUUCUUGUCAUCGUCGUUGGCCUCCUCCUCUUCAGUGUUACCUGCCUGCCCUGGUGGCAGAGUCCCUUGGGGGACCAACUGAAUACCUCACGCCAGAGAGGAAGGCACCUCUUACAGCUGCCUUGGUUGCUGUGGAUGCUGCACACCUUCCCAAACAUGCAGCUCAGCUGAUGGGGCCAGAUCCAUAACCAAAGACCCUCCCUGCCCCCACAACCCUUCCACCUGCCUCUCCAUUCCCCCAAGAUCCCUGGACAAAUGUUGAGUGUUUCCUCUGGACACACAGACCACCCUGUUAGAUUUUAAAAGAUUUGGAAUGGGCCGUUUUCAGGGCUGGAACCUGCUGGUUGCUAAAAUGCCCAUCUUAUAUAGGAUGUUUCCCAUUCUACAGCCAUAAUCUAGAAACUGGUUAGGUUGCAGACCUACGGCUCCCAUGAGAAUCCUCUCUCCCCAGGACUUCUGGUUCUAGAGUGACAUCAUUCAGU